CAGGCCGUGGAGGCGGUUGCACGGCUCAAGCCCCAUCAAAGACUAUUAGCCGCCGAGUCCCACUCUGGUCAAUUUGUGACCAGAUGACCGCCAGCAACGAGCGCGAUUGGACGCUGCCCUCAGCUCGGGCUGGGCGAGGUGUGAAAUGGCUGCAAAAAGGUACGGAUGCGGCGGGGAGCGAGGCUGCUCGCAGGACGCCAAAUCACGCGUAAAUGUGCCCGAUCGGUCGAUUGCGGGCUAGUUUCGAGCCGUUUCUGCGGUGUGAUGGAGCGCAAAAUGCACCGCUCGCAGCGAUAUCACAGGACGCGGUGCCUUGUGCGGCCUGAUAGGCUGCGUGUUUUCACUGGGCGUCCGUGCGCUACGGCAAGCCCCACUCGCACAUGCCCCGCCCUGGCCGGCCAAUCAGGCGUCGCCCGGCUGGCGCCAGGCCACACAGGCCGCCUUCUCCACCACUCCCGCAUCGCCUUCAAGCGCUGGCUUACCUUCGAUAGACUGCAACCCACCACGGCUUCCUUGCCCGCUCCCUGCGCGAAUGGCGUGUGGGCUGCACAAGCAAUCAAUCGACACCCGGGAGCAGCGACACCACUCCCGAAGGUGCGUAGUGCCAGCUGGGCCAAUAUGCCGGUCGGUAAGCCAGUCCCAGCCAGCCUGCGCAGCCUGUGAGGUGCGAUAAAUAAAGGCGGCCCCAGGCCCCGCCUUCUCUCUCCUUUUCAGCAAGCGUGUGAAGUCCUGUGGGCUGUGUAUUGUCGUUUUUGUUGUACCCUUUGUUUCUGUUUCGUUUCUACACCCUCUACUCUCGAUAUCCGACUCUAGGCCUGGUGCCACUAAUACCAUUACUGCCGCCGACACCCUUUUUACGAUAAUACGACUAUCUCUUUGCUCGAAAGAGGAGAGACCAGUCUUUUUUCCGCUAAUUCGAUUCGUUACC